AUGUGCAAAUGGACAGUGACGAAGGGUGCCGCAGCCUGGUUCCGUCCGCCCCGCGUGUGCGCGCUGCUGUUGCUGCUCGCGCUCCUCUGCUCCUCUCUGCCCGUGGCCUGCCAUGGCGCGCGCAGCAGCAGGCCCGCGCGCUCUCCUCCGCCUCCUCCUCCUCCUCCUUCCAGGGUGGCCACCAACUCGUCCUCGUCCGCGGUGGCGGCGGCGGCGGUGGUGGUGGGGCGCCAUGUCCGCAGCUACAGCCACCUCACGGGAGACGUGCGCAAGCGCAAGCUUUUCUCCUACCAGAAGUUUUUUCUCAGGAUUGAUAAAAACGGCACCGUCAACGGCACCAAGAGCAAAGACGAUCCGUUCAGUAUACUCGAAAUCAAGUCUGUGGAUGUUGGUAUCGUGGCUAUCAAAGGGCUUGACAGCAACUACUACCUUGCAAUCAACAAGAAAGGGGUGGUGUAUGGAGCGAGGGAGUUUGGCAUUGACUGCAAGUUGAUAGAGAGGAUAGAGGAGAACAGGUACAACACCUAUGCCUCUGCAGAGUGGAGGAACAAGAAGAAACCCAUGUUUGUGGGCCUGAGCGCCAACGGCAAGCCCAUGAGGGCCAAAAAGACACGAAGAAAAAACACUGCCACACACUUUCUUCCCAUUCCCAUUCCAUAACCACAGCCCUGUACAUGCCCCGCCCUGGGAACAGCUUACUGCACUGAGGAAAGACUUGGAAUUUUCUACAAUAUAAAAAGACUUUUUUUUUUUGAAAGGAAGGCACUAUGUAAAGGAACUAUAUGAACUCAUUUUCAAUGAGUCUGGUUGAUGUCAUAUAUUUGUUUUAAGUUAUUGGCACCAGAGAAAAUAUGAGUUGUUUUUCGACGCCAAAUCCUUUCCAGUGGAGGAAAUGGACCAAAAGGACAGAGGAGGAAUGGCCGCCCCCUCCCCGGACAAACUAAAGAGACAUUUCACAGAGUGUAUAACUUGUGUGUAUUUGUGUGUGUGACCUUUGAAUGCAGUUAUUUAUGCUGUACUAACUCAUGCAAGACUUUUCUAAUGGACGUUUGUGCUCUGUGACUCAGUGGACUGCUAGUAACGCAAACACUUAUCGGAAGCACUUGCUCGAAGGUGCGAGAGUGAGGGGCCAAGACAGAUGAACGGCAUACUACAAGGAGAACUUAGCCAAGGUAGCACCAUAGCAUAAACGACUCUAACAAAUCCUUAUUUACAUGCAAAGCCACUGUAUUUGAUAGCUCCAUUCUUUACCUGACUGCUUUUGAAUAAAUUAUUUAUUUUAUGUAAUAUUUAAAGGAAAACAAAGGCAAAAAAACAUUGAAUGGACAUUUUUUAUCACUUAUGCUCCUCUUUUUAAAGCUAUUCUAUCGGUAAACAUGAAUAAAUAAAUAUAUUUCU